UAAAUUUAAGGCAGGAUUGAUUUAUUAUCAAAUAGGAACAUCAACUAAAAUGCUAUUUACGCAAUAAGAUAAAUUCAAGUGAAGUAUGUACACAGUUUCAAUUUUAGAAUACGAAAAUACACUAAUGCAAAUUUCUACUUUGUUGAUAAUAUAAAUGUGUUCUAUCGUACAUAUUGAAUUUUCAAUGUCUGUUUACGAGUUUUUUUACUGGAAAUUACAAAUAUGAUACUUAUUUACAUCAAAUUAUUUAAUCUAAUACUUAUUAUUGUUUAUUGCUCCUUUGAACCACUACAGAGGAAGACUAUAUGCAUCAUGUAACCUUCACAAUGAUAAUAUUUCACAUUAAGUUUAAAAGAAAAUAGAUAAUUUAAUUAGUAUGUAAUAUUAUGAGAUUAUUAGCAUUUCGGAUGAUAUUUGAUAAAUUUUAAAUUUGCCGCUUUUACUUAGUUACGAGAAGUUACGUGAAAUGAAAUGUUUCUAUUUCGAUUUAAUUAUGGCGGACGAUGAUUGAACGAUAGCAUAUCUUUUAUUUAGUAGGAACGAAUUAAAGUAAAUAAACGUUAAUGUAAUUGUCGGAAACAGUCCAACACCGUGAAGGUGUAGUGCCGGGGUGGGCGGAUACAAGAUAUGGCCGAGAAUAGAAGUUCGGACAACGUCGUCAUGCCGGACAUUACCGAAGUAUCCGAAGCCGAUCCAUUGUCGACGGCGACCGAGCACGACAACGAGCGGGUGGAGGGCACGUCUGUGUUGUCUACCACCAUCAAAAACACCCGGCUGUCCAAUGAUUCUAACGGAGUUGUGACUGUACCAGUCUCGUUGCCAGUUGGGACGCUCAUCGCGGGUACCACCUUCAACGUAAUCACGUCAGACCAUUUGCCGCAUUUCAAGCCAAUGAUCUGCGUUGACAAUGGUUUUAUUUCGGGUGGGCCAGUGAGCGAUGAGUUAAAAGCAACACACAUCGUCAUCCAGAACCCUCCUUCUCCUACUCGAACUAAUUGCGAGGAUGUGGUGGUAGCUGCGCCUGCGCCGCGAUCGAUGAGUGCACGAUCAUGGACGGAGACUGCGAACAUGCCAGUGCUGCCGGUACGCUGUAAAAAUACAUCAGCAGAGCUCCACAAAAAUAAAUUCGGUUCAGGGGGCAGAGGCAGGUGUAUCAAAUACGGCAUAGAGUGGUACACUCCUAGUGAGUUCGAAGCUCUAUGUGGCAGAGCCUCUAGCAAAGAUUGGAAGAGGUCUAUAAGGUUUGGUGGAAGAAGUAUUCAAGCUCUCAUUGAUGAGGGUAUUUUGACUCCACAUGCUACAAGCUGCACUUGCGGAGCUUGCUGUGAUGAUAAAUCUGCCAUGGGACCAGUGAGACUAUUCACUCCAUAUAAAAGAAAGCGAAAGGAAGAAAGAAGUGAGAAGAAACCAAAAAUUAAAAGAGAAAGCAGCAUUGGAGAGAGUGAAGUGGAUAACAUACACCAGAGCAGUGAGAAUAGUCACUCAAAAGAAGCUUGGCAGAGCAUCGCUGAGGGUUUGGAAACUACUACCGAUUACCAGAUACUGGGGAACCCUGAAAUCAAGACUGACCCCCCUCCAAAUGUACCAGACAUGAGCGCUGUUUUAAAACGUCUAGAUGACAUCAGUGAAACCCUAGUGAGGCUGUCCACGGAACUAAAGCAAUGUGUAGAAGAUGUUAGACGGGUCAGUGCUCGACAACUAGAGCGCUUGGAGCAAGAACGGACGUCAGCCCUACUCGCUGCCAGUGUCGAUGAUCAGGUUGAUCCUGAGCAAGUAUUAUUGCAUAAUGUUGAAGAUACAGAAUCUAAGAAGGUACAGUGCGCUAAUUGCAACCGUGAAGCAUCAGCAGAAUGUUCUUUAUGCAGGCGUACACCAUAUUGUUCCACAUAUUGUCAGAAGAAGGACUGGGCUUCACAUCAGAUUGAGUGCCUACGAUCGGUGCCAGCAAUACAUACUGAUGCACAACAGCACCAAUCAAUAAUGCUGAUUGUUGAAAGCCAGCACCAAUAGAAGGCAAAAUUAAGUCAUCCUUGAACAAUAAGAUGAUUUCUUUGAAAAACCUAAAUUGCGGUCAACGGGAAGAUCACAUUAUAUUUGGAGAAUUUUUUUGACCCGACGUGAACUUAAACAAACAUUCUGAUAGUGAUAAAUUCAACAUUUAACAAUAUCUGUUUUGAUCUUGAAGUAACUGAAACAAAGAUAAAAGUUGUGUGUAUGUCGAUAAAAAAACAAUGUAUUGUAACAUUCAUUUUGACGGGAAUUUCCAGUCAAUUCUAGCAUAACAUAGCCAGUACAUUAAGUAUUGGAACAUGAAUACCUCAUUCACCACUUAGAAAAUGGUAAAUUAUACCAGUGCUAUUGUUACCACCGACGCUAAUGCUAUUAUGGCCUCCAGUGACGACCCUAACACAUUGACCGUCAUAAAAAAAUCGAGUAUUUUCAUUCAGGCCACUGUGCUCACCAGUGAGCCUUAUCUUACUGAACCAUUCGGGCCAUGAGGGUCAUCUGUGGGCCGCGUGAGGGUUCCAACGUAAACGCUUCCUACAGGCUAAAGAUUGCAGCUAUCAAGCAAAACGCGUAUGAAAGUGAGCCACGUGGCCCUUUAGCAGAAUCUAACGACGUGGUUUUCAAAUCCAAUGUAAACUUUUAGUUUUUAUCAAGAUAUAUCCUUUAGCGUAUUAAAAUAUCUUAAAACGCAUUUAUAAAAAUUAUCGCGUUUUAUAUUUUAUAAUAUAAUGAACAUUUCAAGUUGAUAAAAAUAACUGAUUCCCUGAUUUUGGCCUGGCCCGAAUGGUAUAGCAGGUUGCAAAGCGUUUAGCGUGUUAACUGCUAACAGCAAUGGGUGGACCAAGCCCAUUGGCGUUAGUGAACAAACACUAUUAUCGACCUUUCAUUGAUGCGUACGGAAUUAAAAUAAUUAUGUAAUUAUUGUAAAAUUAAUUAUUAUGUAAUAUUAUUCCUAAGUUCAGAGCCAGGGUUGAGUAUAACUAAUGCCAUGCUCUUUUCUUGUAAUAUUUUGUGAUAAAUGAAGUAAGAAUUUAUCUUAAUCUUUAUGUUUGAGGGGCUUGUUAAAUAUUUGCUCAACGCUUAUAAACUACGAAAUCAAUUUGAGACUCAUGACAAACAUCAUACUUUUAGUACUAAAUUAAUGCUUUAUAAUUCACAAUGUCAUUGUUUUCUAUAUUUUUAUAAUUAAUUAUCUUUUAUUUUAACGGGAAUUAUAUUUAAAUGCUUCUUCUUAAUCUGGAACUUUCAUCACAUAGAAAGAAGUUAAAAAAAUGAAAAAUCACAAAGAGAACUCUUGUAUAUUUAAACAAUUAAGUUGAGUAAAAUAACAUUUAAUGUAAGCCAUAAUUAUUUGACUCUUUGGUCUUCUUAAAUUUAUUUGUAUAGGUUUUUAUGAGUUAAAGCAAGAUUUUAAAAUCCGACUUGUGAUCAUGAAUAUAAGACGUCUUUUCUUUUAGUUAAAUGGUCAUAUUAUGAUGUUUAUGAAAUAAGUGAUAAGCACUAAUCUCAGUAGCAACAUAUAUCAUAUACCUUAGAAAUGAAUAAUAAAACAAACUUGGAUAUAUUUUCUGCUUUUGUUCAUAACAAUGAAGAGUAAAAUUAUUAUUUUAAGUUCCAAAUUUUUUUUAUGUUGUUCAGAGUAACAUUAAUUGGAUUCGACUCGAAAAUAUGAUUCUGUGAAAAAACGUUUGUGUGUAAAUUAGGUUAUAUAUUAUGUAAUGGAAGUUCGUCGAAGCAUUUACUAAUGUCUUCCAAUUGUAUGUACUAUUAAUGUACCAGAAUUGUAAAUCGCUUUUUUUUCUUUGAAAUUUUCAAAGCCAAUUACUCAUUACCGCCUUAACUGAGUUGCUUAAUGCAUUCCUCAGAGAUAGAUAUCACUACCACCAUAAUCGAUUUUUCUCAAGAAUAAUGUGUACCAUUAGUUAUCAAACAUUAUUCAGCUUAUCUUUGCAAAUAUUUUGUUCAGAUCUCGGUCUUAACUUACAUGAAAUUUAAACUAAUAACAGAAAGUAUUUUUUUUUAAAAUACAGCUGAGUAUUACUUACAAUAAUUUGAAACAAUAUAUCCAUUUUUGUGAUUAAUAUUUAGCAAGAAAACGGUAUUUUAAAUUUUAUUUUCUCGUCGCUUCGAUAACAUCCAAUAACUGUCGUAGACGUUUUGUAGAAUUGUUAAGUACAGUUAAGUUUUAACUCUGAGAACUUGCAUGAAUGCAGAAAAAAAAUCCAGUGUAUCUUAUUUCGAAACUACAUCAGUGGUCGGCAACUUAAGGCCCUUUGACUCCCCAGCCACGGCUCUUUCGCGAAAUGCUUAAUUCAGGUACGGAAUUUGUACGGAUUAUGUAAAAAUUUUCAAAAUUUAGGGUUUUAAAAAUAUAUGUUAAAAAAAUGGAACUUUGAAUAAAUUUUAAUUGUGUUAUUAUGUUCACUAGGCUAGAGUUUUCUGUCAACUGCAUCAUUAUAUAUUUUCAUUAUCAUUCGCCUCUGUAAAUUUCUCAAUCUGUUUCCGUCGUGGACAUUCCGUACAUUAGUGCAUUGGCUUCCCAUAGCAGACUUGAUGUAGUCCGCAGGUUUGGCCUGGUUCUCUUUAUCUUAAGCUUUUUGUUGUCCUCUCCGCUUGACAUGAUCGACCGUAGAUAUUGUAUAGCAGCUAGAUAGAUAGGAAGAUUCCUAACCUUCUAACCGAAACAAUUGACUGCUUCGUCAGAAUGGUGCCACUUAUCUAGCGGUGCCGACUUGUAAUAAAUACGCCCUACUACUAAUGGAGAGACUCUUAGUGAGAGGUAAAGUGGAUGGAAGACUAUUCAGAGGUCGGAGCAAAAAACAUAGAGUGACCAGGUUUCCGAACAUCUGGAUACGAGACUGAGCCACGGACUUCACUGUGCUACAGACCGACAUAAGUGGCUACAAAUUACAAAAAUGCUCAGUAAUGAGCGAUCGACUGAAGGAUGAGGAGGAUUAUUAGUGACUUGCUGUACCCGUCCGCUUCGCUGGGCAUUUAAAAUUAACAUUAUUAUUUAUUGUCAUUUAUUGUUAUUAGGGAGUCCAACACUCAUAUAAAUAUUAGCCUAUCCAUUAAAUACAUGUAUUUUCUAUAUGGAUACCAAGUUUCAAGUCAAUCGGAUGCACGGUUCAGUAGUUAAAACGGAACAUCGUAAAAACCACUGUAGAUUUAUAUAUUACUAUGGAUAUGGAUUAUUAUUAUAUUGAAUUAAUGAAUAGCCUUUUAUUCAGAUCCAUAUUACGAGUACAAUUGUAUAAUCUAGACUUUUAUUUGGAUUUUACUUAGUUUCUGUACAUCUGUUUGUAAAUCGACAAAGGCCUCCUCCGACUGCGACGUAUAUUUUUGUUUCUUUGUAGUUAUUUCUCUGUGUUGUUGGAGGGUUGUGGUCUUUAUCCCCCACGAGGACCAGUCAGCUUGAGGGAAAACGUGUUUCUUCUGUAUGUUUAUUUUCGUAGUUUGUUUGGAUUUUCCGUUUACCGGUUCAUUGCUAUUGUGUAUCGGGUGUAGGCCGUGUAGGUUUGUUGGUAAAAAGUGAGUACUGAGUCUCAUUACAUCGAAGGCAUUUAUCCUGCUAACUUUGGCAGAGCAUAGUGUGCUGUUUUCUGGGUUGUCAUUAGGAGAGUGACGGUGAGAUCGUUGGUUUUUCUUUUCCAUUUUUUAGUUUUAUUUUAUUUUAUUUUUUUAUUGUUUAGAUGGGUGGACGAGCUCACAGCCCACCUAGUGUUAAGUGGUUACUGGAUCCCAUAGACAUCUACAACGUAAAUGCGCCACCCACCUUGAGAUAUAAGUUCUAAGGUCUCAGUAUAGUUACAACGGCUGCCCCACCCUUCAAAUCGAAACGCAUUACUGCUUCACGGCAGAAAUAGGCAGGGUGGUGGUACCUUGUCAGCAAUUGUCUUACGAAAUCGAAUACGACACAUUUGGAACAGCAAAAAAAGGCGUUUUAAAUACUGUCAAUUUUAUUUUAAUUGGUCAUCCAUACUUGUAAAGACACGGGCUGAUAACAUUCCAUUUUGAAAAAAAAACACAUUGCCUUUUUUAUUUCUGUCGUUCUCUUGUUUGAAAUGUUAUCACGAAAUCCGAAUUGUUGAUGUUAGUUGUAAAAAAAACUAAUAAAGAUGUGAUAUAUUUUGAGGAAUUUGUUCACGUUUGGUUGGAUCACGUGUCACCACAGGCUGGGUCUGUGUGAUGCAAAACAUCUGCCUGACUACGCGUUUUCUGGUCGCCUCUCUGUGUACCUACCUAUUAUUUCCUUAUCGAUUUGGAAUUAUUUAAAAUUUUAAUUUAGCAAAAUGCACCGUUGUUAUUGAUGCCAUAUCCCACAAAAGGUUUCUUUUUUUAAAACAUUGAGAGCGAAACUCCAUAAAAUAUUUGAAGACUAUUGUAACGGCUUUGUUUUGUGGUAAUUAAUUUUCUUUCUAAAAGGGGCGAUGUCUGGAUAUUGCGGUGAACGAAGAGGAGAACUUUAUUUGGUAGCUCCUCUAGUUUGGUCACAAGCUGACCUGUCCUGUGGGUCGACCUAAACGAACAAAUUCGCUUAUAGUAAAUAACAAACUUUGUUGAAUGGCGAACUUUUAUAAUGAACGUUCGAUUUUUCGUACAGACUAGUGAAGGUAUAGUUAAAAACACCAUAUUGUACCGAUUUCGUAACGUAAUGUAGAAUUCGACAAAUUAUACACUCUAACCAGUUCACGGCGUAUUUACUUACCGAGGGAUCCUUUGUUUCAAUUUGAAUUGUAUUGAAUUAUUUUGUUACUUUAAUUCUAUGAACCGUAACGUGGUUUAGGUUGUAACUUCUUGCGAAUAAAUUCUUUACACAAAGGUUUUAGUGCUAUCGCCUUUCGUUAGUUGUUUUUUUCAUACGUAGACGAAUAUGGCGAAUGUCAUUAACAAUUACAGUGAAUCCGUGUGCUUAGUGCGAGUUUUUUAACGUUCUCGUUAACGUAAAAGCUAGCUCAUAUUUGUAUGGAUUGGGAUCGUUUGCCUACGUUUGCCGCUAGGGGCGCUGUUCCAACUGCAUACAAAAUUGGCUUAACUUUUACUCUAUCGAGAACGUUAAACAACUCGCACUAAGCACACCGAUCGAGGAUCGAACCACAUGGCACAGCAGCUACUCACUAACUACUGCAUCUUUAUCUAUUUCAAGGGUUAGUGUUAACACGUUAGUGUUCCAGUAGUGGUACCAUUGGUACCUACUACUCGGCCUAAGUAGCACCAAACAUACCUUUUAGAUUUUAUUCGGAGUUCAGAAAUUUCAAGUGAAACAUAAUUAUAUUUUAUUGGAUUGGACUUGCGGGGUCGGCUUAUUGGGAUUCGAUUAUUGUAAGAUCUGAAUAUGGACUGUCAAUGUGUGUAAAUAAUGCGAGUUUUUUUUUUUCAUCCAACUAAGGCAUUUCCCAGGUUUGAAUAUUCGAGAGUUUACUCUGUAAUUUCUCGUUAGUCAGAAAAACAAAUCAAACGACUUUGUAUAUCUAGCAAUGAUUAAUUUCGGAGAAUUACAGAGACACAUAUUCUAAUAGAGGCGUUAAAAUUUAAUUUAAAAAAAUAUUGCAAAGUAAUCGUUAUAAUUUGAUUAACAUUUUCUAGUUUUCCUCAAUUGCGCGGCGGAUUCGUUUAUUAUAUUGAUCUUUGCAAAAUAUUAUCUAAAUCAAACUGCCCAAUUAAAUCUCGAAUCUUCUUUGUUACGAAACAAAAGUAUGAAAAACAAAAAUGUCUUUGAAAAUGUACUUGUCUUUUCAUACUUCAUACCAGUAAAACAUCCUAAAAAGUUUUUACGUGAUUUGAAAAUUCUGGUAACAAUCAAGCAUAAUGAAUUGAAUUGAUUUCUAUGUCUAAGUACAUUUCGCAUAUACGGUGCUAUAAAGUCACUUAUGCAAUAUUUGUUAACACUGAACAGUGUGCUUAGUGCGAGUUUUUUAACGUUCUCGAUAGCGUAAAAGUUAGCUCAUAUGUGUACGGAGUUCGCCUACGUUUGCCGCUAGGGGCACUGUUCUAACUGCAUACAAAUCGAGUUAAUUUUUACGCUUUUGAGAACGUUAAAAAAGUCGCACUAAGCACACUGAGUAUGAGAAAAUACAUUUUUUAAUAGUUAUUAGUGAGACGAGAGAGAUGUUUGCUUUUAUUGAUGGAGUUUAAAGUUGUAGUUUAAAUAUUAUCAUUUUAUUUCUAUAGCCUAGCAAAUCUAUGUAAGAAUUAUAUAAUAGGAAGUUGAAUUUUCCAAUGUUUCUCCUGAAAAAUUACAUAAUUUGCAUAAGUGACGUUAUCGCACCGUAGGUAUAUGUGCGAUAUGUUUAAGCAAUUUAUAUUGUGUUCCGUGUUCAAUUUAUAUGUGUGUAAUGACCAUUUUAUUAAUAUCUAAUAUCUUGUAGUAUUCUUGUCCGUACCUCGAUUGCAUUUUACUGGUGGUAGGACCUCUUGUGAGUCCGCACGGGUAGGUACCACCGCCCUGCCUAUUUCUAUCUGCCUAUUUCUGCCGUGAAGCAGUAAUGCGUUUCGGUUUGAAGGGUGGGGCAGCCGUUGUAACUAUAAUUGAGACCUUAGAACUUAUAUCUCAAGGUGGGUGGCGCAUUUGCGUUGUAGAUGUCUAUGGGCUCCAGUAACCACUUAACGCCGGGUGGGCUGUGAGCUCGUCCACUCAUAUAAGCAAUAAAAAAAAAUAAAAAAAAAACAUGUGGAAAAUAUUUUGUCAGUUUAUAUUUAUCAAGUACAGUCUGGCUUAAACUCGAAUUUUAAAGCGACGUUUAACAAAAAUGUGGUGAAUGUUUUCCUUAAAAUAAACGGCUGCGAUAAUUUUGGGUGUGACGUGUAACUUGCACCUGGCUAGUGUGUAUGCAAGAAUGUGCAAUUAUGUACGAAUAUAUAAUACGAACUUUUAAAUUGUUCUUUACUGGUGGUAGGACCUCUUAAGAGUCCACGCGGGUAGGUACCACCACCCUACUUAUUUCUGCCGUGAAGCAGUAAUGCGUUUCGGUUUGAAGGGUGGGGCAGCCGUUGUAACUAUACUUGAGACUUUCGAACUUAUAUCUCAAGGUGGGUGGCGUAUUUACGUUGUAGAUGUCUGUGGGCUCCAGUAACCACUUAACACCAUGUGGGAUGUGAGCUCGUCCACCCAUAUAAGCAAUAAAAAAAAAUUGUGGUACUUAUCAGGAUUUGAAUUAUCAACUGAUUAAAUCGUAUUUCUAAACUUCCUUCAAAUAUCGCUUAGUGUUAUGUGUACAGAAUUAGGAAUACAGUACAUUAAAACUAUCUUCUAUCAGUAGUAUCUUGUAUUGUUCACGAAACAUUUUUCCUUCGAAUAAUAUAUUUUUAUUAAAUGACCUUAAUCAAUGCAUAAUAAUAUUAUUAUAUAGUCCAGAAUGAGACUACAAGCUUUCGAGCUGAAAAUAUUUUAACGUGUAGUAUAAUUUAUAAUAAUUGUAUAUUAAAUUUAAGAUGUGUUUUCUGAGUGUUGUACGUUUUUAGAAUAAAUAAUAUAAGGUACAUAUUGUCUGAUGUAGUCUGAUAAUCAAGCAGAUGUUAACUGAGAAUUAGGAACUAAUCCACUUUUAUUUUGCUGACUGAUGAAACAUGGACAUUACUGUCGAAAUUACGAAAUUCUGCAUUUAAUUGCAUGUUUCGCGUUCUACUGAAGAUGCUUAUGCGCUCGGUAGACUGGUUAUACGAAUACUCAAAAUUGGCAGAUGUUAAUAGUGUAUUGAUAAUGUCAUUACCCGGUCUGCUUUUCAUGGUCAUUCUUGACAGACUGGUCAUAGUAUAGUUCUGAACUCACUAUGUAGAUACGUGGUCAGCCUACCCCUGAUUUAAUAUUUUUGGUCCAACCCUACAUCUCUAGAUGUACAAUGUAGCAAUUUAUUGAAAAAAUAUUUAAACUGGAUACAAUUAAGAAAUAUUAUGUGAUUGUCCAUAUUUUUAAAUUCAGCUACUUUAAUUGUUUUUUAGUUUUAACAUUUUGGUAAUUUGGUUUCUUUCUGCAUCAUAACAUCCUGCUAUUUUAAAAUAUGGUAUAAAAUACAAGCUUCUAUUAUUUUUACUUAUGAUAACAUUUGUAUUUUCUUUUCGUUUCAAUUGUGAAUAAAUAUAAAGUAAAGGUAUAAUAAUAAUAAACUUUAAUUAAAUACAAAUGUAAUUAGAAUGCUGUAUCAUAGAUACGUGAACAGUACUUAUUAAUUCAACGCUUUGUAGAUACAAUUUACUUAAAUACUACAUAUGUACAAUAUUAUCUACCAUAUACAAGAGUAUAUUUUACACAUAUUCGGUUUAAAUAUAAAAAUUAGUACGUUAAUAUUAAGGCUCUCAAAUAAAUAAUUUUAUAUUCGCCAUCGACGGUACUGUCUUAGACCUUUGUAGGUAUUCUUCGUGUAGUGAGAUUAGAUGUGUUGUUUCGGCUUAAGUAUUUUACAGCGUACGUGGAUGAUGUGUGCAGUUUUGGUAUAGAAAAAUAAUAUUUACGGUAUGUUCUUGAUUAGGAUGAAAAGUAUAAAUCGAACUGAUAAGUAAACAGAAAAGUGAGUAAGGAUUUUUUAUGAAACAUUUCGAAUUUUUGUCAUCGUAAUUUCUUUUAGACGUCUUUGUUCAGUUGCUGUAGUAUUUAAGGGUACGAUUUUCUACUGCGCAACUCCGUAACAACUGCAUUGCGAACGGAUGGAUAAAAAAAGGCACUCCCCUUUCAAAGUACGGGUGGCGCCCGGGAACCAAAUGUAUAAUGAAGUCGGGAGCUAUAUGCAACUCGAUGCAGCUCUGUAUUGAUUCGUCUGAGGCGAGGCUGCGUUGCGCAGUGCAAGUCUGGCGGCGCGCCUGUAUUCAGAACAAAGGAAGUUACAUUGUACCUACUUCCCGACACGUGUCCUUUGAACCCUAUGUAGGUAACUACUUCUCAUAACAUUUACGUUUUAUCAAUCACAGUUAUUUUAUGAAUAUUCUUACACAUAUCGCCACGAUAUUUAUUUAUUUAUUACACUUCAUGUAAAAUUUACAUUGGCGGACUUAAUGCCUAAGGCAUUCUCUACCAGUCAACAACCAAAGGUAGUGCAGAGUAAAUAGUGGUAGGUGCAAUGAAAUUUAUAUUAAGUUACGAAUACAUACGCAAAAAAAGUAUACAUAUACAUACAUACAUAUAAUACAUGUUUAAUAUAGUAAAGUAAAUUAAUUUAUCCCCAACCAUGUUCUUCAUGCAAACGAACAAAGAAAAAUCAUGUGCAUAUAUUUAUAUACAUGGUUACUUUAAAACAGUAGAUUAAUGUCUCUUGUUACUUUCGAAUAACACGUGCCCAACAUCCUCCGUUUUUGUCUGUAAAUGAACAAAGCUGAACGAAUACUUGUGGAUAUGGUUGUUAGCCCUGCCGAAACUUUAUUCUUAAUUAUUACUAACACGAUACCUACAUAAGUCAUUACCUAAAACCGUAUGUCGUCUUCAUUAGAUUUUAUAUUACGUACGUGAUGUAAAAAUAUUGUGUAUCUUUAUUAUUAAAUAGUUACCAUUGCGUUUGAACGUACGAGAAAAAUGUACUUCCAUUACCAAAUAUUAAAUGUAAAUUGUUUAGGUUUUUAAAAUAUCGUUAUUUUUUACUAUCGAAGCUCGGCUCAUCAGGGCUAUUUGUUUAGUCUUAAUUGUUAAAUGAUUUCACGUUAGGAAACAGUCUUGGAGCUCAUUUGAUUGAAUUAAUUAGUUAAUAUUUUUUAAGAUUUAAUCAUUACUUUGGAUUGAUUGGAAUAUAUUUGAUUAGAACAUUUUUCUCAUAUAUCAUAAUAUUCAUUAUAUUUCAUUCAUAAUAAAUAGUAUCGGUAUUAAAAUAAUAUGAAUUGUGUUUAGUACAGAAUUAAUAUUUUUUUAAUUUGUGAAUUGGUUGGCUCUGGUGUCGAACGCAGAGAAAUCUGUUAAAUGAAAGCUUUUUGAUGAACUUGUUCCAUUAAGGGUGGAUUCGACCAAACUUAAAUUUAUACUCGAGUAACUAUACGAGGAAUAACCUAUUCCAUGAUUUUAAUCUCGAGUAAAUCCAUAGUCGUUUUUCCACGUAUACUUGCGCUAGGAAUAACAAUACGCGAAUAGCAGAGUGAAUGGUGAACAAAAAUAAAAUCCGGCAAAUAAAUGUUGUUGUUCAACGGCAUAGUGCAAGAGCAUACAAAUCGUCAACUCGAUUUUGCCGUAUUUUAGUGUGAAAAAGUAGCUGUUGUGAAAGAUAUCCAGCUGUCAAACGUAUUAUUUUUAUUUGUUGUUUGUUUGAGGGAAUUGUCAAGUUUCAAGUGUCAAGAAAUCAGAUGUUGGACUGACUGACGCCAUUACUUUAUUCUAGGAAUAGCUCCGUUAUUCCGUGCGCAACGGCGGUAUAGUAACAAUUCCCGAAUAGGCCCACUAUUCUUAGAAUUGUAGAUGGUAAAACGUAAAAUUGAUUUACUCUCGAUUAACUGACGAGUUAUUCUAAGAAUAAGAUUUACUCUUGUUUGGUCGAAUCGACCCUUAAAGAUCGAUGAGUGUUUUAGAAAAACUGCUUCUAAAACAUUCAUCGAUCGAUGAUUUUAUAUUUAUUUCAAAAAUUAAUUUCAGAUAUCUCAAAGCAGACACGAAGCUUAUCACGUGUUAUAUAAUUUCAAUUAAUAUUUUUGACAUGAAUUGCAUUUUUUGUAUUUGAUUCUUUUAUUAAUCAGAAUUGUUUUUUUUUUUAAGAUGAAUUAUAAGUUUAUUAUCAGUUACAUCCAUAUCACAUACGAGCUUCGAGUACACUCGUGGGUAAAUAAAUAAUUAUUUUACCUAAAUUAAAUAAAUUGUUGAAAAACAUACUGUUCCCUUUGUUUUUAUUGGGCUGUUGUUGUAAAUAAAUAAAAAAUUCAUGUUUUUAGGCAA